CGGAAACGAUUUCGUCGUUAGAUGGCGUAAAGCCAUUAACUAUAUUAGAGUAACGACGAACUAUAAGAUAAAGAUUCUCCCACAAAUAAAGCAUGCAUAGAAUAUUUAAUAUCUUUGUACUUAGUUUGACCAUAUGUAUAUUAUCUGAUGCUCAUCAGAAAGCAGAUGUAGAAGAUAAUGAAUUUGCUGAAUUUGAAGAAUUUGAUGAUGAAGAUGAAGAAACAAGAGAAUCUAUCACAAAAUUAAAGCCAGAAGUAAAACCAUCAACUGUUAAUCUUCAAGAUGAUGAUGAUGAUGUGAAAAUAGAGGAAGAUGUUGAGGAAUAUGAUCAUUUUCAAGAUGAAGAAGAGUUUGAAGGAUUAGAUCAAGAUAAGCCACUUACUAAAUCGAAAGUUUCUGAGAAACCUGACCUUAAAAUAACAAAAGUGCCAAUACAUUUGAGAAGAAAUUGGGAAAGUUUUUAUUUGGAGUUUUUAAUGAUAGCAGGUCUUUUAGUCUACUUCAUUAAUUUUGUUGCUGGCAGAAACAAAAAUCAGAAACUUGCUAUGGCUUGGUUUAAUUCACAUAAGCAAAUAUUAGAAUCAAAUUUUGCUUUAGUGGGAGAUGAUGGAAAGAAAGAAAUUGAAAAUCCAGGUUUAGUAAAAGAAUCUGAAAAUGUUUAUACUCUAUGGUGCAGUGGAAGAGUGUGUGUAGAAGGGAUGUUAGUUGAAUUAAAGUUUUUAAAACGUCAAGAUUUAGUAAAUAUCAUGUCUAAUAUGUUCAGACCUGCUUCUGACCAAAUACAUAUCAAGGUACAAAUGAAUGUUGAUGCAAUGGAUACAUUUGUUUUUUGCAUAGCUCAUAAAAAAGUUGCUGCUCGUAUGGUUAAAGAGAUUAAUGACUUGAGUACUUAUUGUCCAGAGAGAAAAACGGCUGAAAAAUAUGGGCUUUCUUCUAAUUUUACUAUAAUGAGUGAGAUUGGAGAAGCUACAAGUGCCAUUUUAGAUAAUAAGUUAUUAUCAGUCUUAACAAAAUAUGAAGAUUAUAUUGAAUAUAUUCAUUUCUCAGAUCAAUACUCUGGUCCAAAACAACAAGAAGAAUCCCAGCCAACUAAAUUGCCAGAAGUGAAGAAAGUUCUUCUGUUUGGAUUUAAUGUACCAGGCAAUAGUCAUGUAACUGUAGAUGUCAUGGAAGAAACAAAGCCAUUAUUGCAAUUAGUAUUUUAUUGUAUUGAAAAAAUACGAAGAUUUCACUUGAGUAAAGAGGCCAAAGCCAAGGCAGAGAAAAAUCGUCAGAAAGUAGAAGAGGCGUUCCUCAAAACCACUCAUGCCCAACGACAAGAAGCAGCUCAGCUUCGCAGAGAGGAGAAACGCAGAGCUGAGAAGGAACGUAUGAUGAAUGAGGAAGAUCCUGAAAAACAAAGAAAAUGGGAAGAACGGGAACACCGCCGUGAGUUGAAGAAGAGAGCACCCAGAAUGAAGCAAUUGAAAGUGAAAACACUUUAAUAUCUCAAGAAAAAAUGUAAUUAAGCAUACUUAAUUGGUGAUUAUAAAAAUUUUUUACUCUUAAUCAUUAUUGUCACUUAUGUUUGCAAAUGAUCAAAUAUGCAUUCUACGAUUUCUCCUUCAAUGCUUUUCGAUAUCUUUCUACCUCAACGUUCUCCCAAUGAGUUUGCUUUAAUGGUUUAAAAAACCUGUAAAUAAAAAAGUGUUUUGAGGAUAGACUAUGCAAAAAUAUUAAAAUAGGAAUUGCUCUAUUAACUUAUAUAAAUAUAUUUAUUAUUUUACUUGUUCAAAAUUUGGUUAAUGCCAUUUCUAACUACAGAACAUAAAGCUAUGUGCCUAAUUAAAUAUUCAGAAAACUUAACUUAUCAAUAGGAAAAGAAGACUUAAAUUAAUUUGUUUUUAGCAAUUUUUUUAUUUCAUUUAACAUUUUUCUAUGUGACAAUAUGAAAAAAUUACAGAAAUAAAUUGUUGAUAUUUUGUAAAAUAUUUUAUAUAUGUUUUGCAUUGUUAUUAAUUUAUAAAAUUACUGGUUUUAACAAUAAUGAGAACUGAAAUUAAAGAAUUUGUUUUGAAAGAUGGAAAUAUGUAGCUUUUACUGUAACAACAUAGUAGAUUACUCCAAAUGUGGCAAAUGGAACGUUUAAGUUUUGGUUACAAUUUUCACUUUUCAAAAGAAUAACUCUUAUCUUUAUUCUCUUUUUUUGUUUUAUAAAUUUGGGACGAAUCAAUAAGAAUAUCACUUGACAUUUGAAAUAGUAUUCUUAGUGUUGCAUUCUUGUGGAUUCGCUCCAUAUAUUGAUUAAUGAACAAUAGAUAAAGUCAAUAACUCUGUAAAUAAUUAAUGGAAAUAAAUAUGUCUACUUCA